AUGCGCGUCAUCGAUGCUGCUCGGAAACAGGGGCAUACAGUUGAAAUGCAUCUGAUUGAACGAUACGCUGACCGGGUGGAGUGCUCUGUGGAUUCUGUGAAUAAAUUGGGAGGUAUCUUGAAGCUGAUGAAACGAGGAGCUGUUGUGAUCAAGAGGGGAUCUCGAGAUUCAAAAGGAUUAAUCUAUCCCGUGCCUCAAUAUUUUCUGCGAGCCUACUUCUCAACAUCUUAA